AUGUCAGAAAGUCAUUCAGUAAUGUUCAAUAUUCUUAAAAGAAAUAGAUUAACAUCUCCCAGCAGCAAUUUUAAGUACUCCAAUUUUAAAGACACAUGUUGCACUUCAGUAUUUCUAGACAGCAGAUGCAAUGAGUCAGGAAAAGAUCCUGAUGUAGAACGUAAAGAAACACCGAGUGUAACAAGUCUGCCACUGCUACAAGACCAUUCUGAGCACAUUCAUCCAAAUGCCCUACUUUCUGUUUCAUCAUCUAUUGAAAAUGAAAUGAAUUCUAUCUCCUUGUCAGAAAGAAGAGAAGCAAAUAGAAGUGCAGAUUUCUUUGAAACUCCUAAAGUGAGUAGAAAAGGCUCCUCACUACGCAGGAGGCUGCUUUUAUCUAAGACUGUUCGAGCUGGCACAGCUGUAGGAUGCUGUGAAAGACAAGCUAGCUCUUCAGGAAGCAGCAGGAAAAAAUUGUUCUCUCGUGUUUUGAGCUCUGAAGAACUUUCACAAACUGCUUCAGAUUCUCCAAAACCUGAAGGCUUUAAUCCUGAUUGCCCAAAACGAAGACUUUCCUUUUCACAGCAAAGGACUUCUACACUAGAUGAGUCCAAAUGUAGGGAUCCCUUAUUGCUAGAACCAGAAUGUUUGUCUCCAAUUCAGUGUAAGGAUGUUAUUGUUAGUAAUGCUAAUGAAUUCAAUGAAAGUGCCUUUUUGAGUGUUAGUGAUGGGUUGCUUAGGACUCCUACUUGCAGUGCGUUACCUGAGGCCAAUGAGGGUAAGUUCCUGACUUCCAUCAACAGUCUUGUAGAGAACUUUAAUUUUGAACUAUGUGAUACAAACUCUCCCCCUGGUAAGCUGGCAAGUUACACAGAUCUUUCCACACCUGAGGACAGUGGAUAUAAUUCACUUCACUUGGACAAAUCAGGAGAAUCUCUGUCUGAUCAUGACGGAUCUUUCCAAGAGUUAUUCCAAAAAUGUAAAGAAGGUUCCAAAAUUCUGGAUGGUAAAAGAAAGACAAGAAAACUUGAACGAGUCAGAAGGUUAUCCACUCUUCGGGAACAGGGCUCACAGUCAGAAACAGAAGAUCACCAUGGCAGUCCUUCUACUUCAGCAUGUAUGGUAACAGAAGACAGAAACUUUGUCAGUGAAGAGCAUGCAUUAGUUUUGGAAGAACAGCCUGGCAGAGACCUAGCUGUAAGUCACGGAGAUCUCUCAAGAACUCCAGCUCUGAAAAUAGUUCAUGAAAUUUGCUUGCAAAGACAAAGAUCAGACCAAAAUGAAAUAUCAGAGAAUAUUGACGGAACAGAAAUAUUUGCAUUAGAACAUGUUCUUGCUGGACUUAUUGGCAAGAAAAUGGGCCUUGAAAAAUUAGAUAUUUUAACAGAAUUAAAACACAGAAAUUUAAAACAUGUUCUUGCUAUAGUUUUAGAUGCUUUGACAGUGGAAAGUCUAUGCAGCAUUUGGAGAGUAAGCAAAAACUGGCGUGAAAUCAUUGUACAAGAUAAAAGUGCAGAUAAGAGGAGAAAGUUGUACAUAAAACACCUGAAAGAAGAAGCUGAGGAAUAUUUCUUGAAAGCUGAAGAUGCUGCCACAAGACUUAAUGUUCUCAAUAGAUCUGCUCUAAGGCCCGUUCAAGCUCAAGCCAGAACUCCCGUGGUACAAACGCCACCUUCAUACACUGAACUUACACCUAGGAGAUGCAGUUCUGUUCCCCAUUCAACUAGUAGACGGGAAGAAUACAUAAAAGUUGCUAAAACUCUGUUCACUGAUGAAGCUCUAAAACCCUGUCCAAGAUGUCAAUAUCCUGCUAAAUAUCAGUUGGUAAAGAAAAGGGGACUAUGUAGCAGAGAGGCAUGUGCAUUUGAGUUCUGUAUUUUAUGUCUGCAUGCUUUCCAUGGGUCAAAAGAAUGUAAUAGUUUAUCUGCAAAAGGGAAGAACAAAAAAGAUGCUCCUCCAGGAAGUGCUCAAAGCAAAAGAAACUUAAAAAGACUUUAA